UAAAACUGUGUUGAUACAAACAAAAUAAAUAGCUUUCUCGUAAGCAAGGGAACACGAAUCUUUGCUCGGAUAUUGCCAGAUCAACUGACGAAAUAAGGGUUCCAUGACUCUGGCAUGAGAAUCUUCCUCUAGAGAAAACAAUUCGGUGAUAAGAGAAAAAUCCAAGAAAAUGGCAGCAGCCCGGAGAAAAGCUUUUGAAGAAACGGACAAGCUUACUAGGAUAGCCAUUAUCAAUGCAGAUAAAUGCAAGCCUAAGCGCUGUCGCCAGGAAUGCAAAAAAUCCUGUCCAGUUGUUCGGAUGGGAAAACUUUGUAUUGAAGUAGCACCAACUGACAGGAUUGCUGUAAUUUCUGAAACCCUCUGCAUUGGUUGUGGUAUUUGUGUUAAGAAAUGUCCAUUUGAAGCAAUCACUAUCAUCAACUUGCCUAGUAACUUGGAUUCCCAAGUGACUCACCGCUACUCCCAGAACUCUUUCAAACUCCACAGGCUCCCAACUCCCCGAGCUGGUGAAGUACUUGGUCUGGUUGGCACUAAUGGUAUAGGAAAAUCUACUGCUCUGAAGAUAUUGGCUGGAAAGCUGAAACCAAAUUUAGGUCGAUUUAAGGAUCCACCAGAAUGGUCGGAGAUUCUUACAUAUUUCCGUGGCUCCGAGCUCCAGAACUACUUUACCAAAGUAUUGGAAGACGAUUUAAAGACGGUGAUCAAGCCGCAAUACGUGGACCAAAUUCCUAAAGCUGUUAAAGGAAGUGUCGGUGAAAUGAUUAAGCGCAAAGCUGAAAGCGGAAACGAAUCAGAAAUGAUUCGUAUUUUGGAUCUGGGCCACUUGACCGAAAGAAAUAUUGAAAAUUUAUCUGGUGGAGAACUGCAGCGUUUCGCCUGUGCGACUGUAUGCAUCCAAAAUGCGCAUGUUUACAUGUUCGACGAACCGUCAAGUUACUUGGACGUCAAGCAGCGUCUAAACGCCGCCAAGGCUUUACGUUCCCUUCUGCACCCGACCAAAUAUAUCGUCGUUGUCGAACACGACCUGUCAGUUCUGGACUAUUUGUCAGACUUCAUUUGCUGCCUGUAUGGAAUUCCGGGUGUCUAUGGCGUGGUGACGGUUCCAUUCUCUGUCCGUGAAGGCAUUAACAUUUUCCUAGAUGGUUAUGUGCCCACGGAAAAUUUACGUUUCCGUGAGGAAUCGCUCGUGUUCCGUGUUGCCGAAUCAGCAACCGAGGAAGAAGUCAAACGUCUCCAUCAUUACGAAUAUCCAAACAUGUCGAAAACCCUUGGCGAUUUCAAACUCAACGUCAACAGUGGCUCCUUCACUGAUGCUGAAAUUAUCGUUCUUCUCGGCGAAAAUGGAACAGGAAAGACGACCUUGAUUCGGUUGAUGGCAGGAUCAUUGACCCCCGAUGUGGGUUCAGGAGAAAUUCCGUCGCUCAACAUUAGUUACAAGCCGCAAAAAAUCAGCCCCAAAUCGCAAAGCACUGUCCGCGUUCUGCUCCAUGACAAAGUUCGUGAUGCCUACACUCAUCCUCAGUUCGUGGCCGAUGUGAUGAAGCCGUUGAGAAUCGACGACAUUAUAGAUCAGGAGGUGCAAAACUUGUCUGGUGGUGAACUUCAACGUUUGGCCAUUGUUUUGUGUUUGGGCAAAGCGGCCGAUGUUUACCUCAUCGACGAACCGUCCGCCUAUCUGGAUUCCGAGCAACGUUUAGUAGCAGCCAAAGUCAUCAAGAGGUUCGUUCUUCACGCCAAGAAAACUGCUUUCGUCGUAGAACACGAUUUCAUCAUGGCCACUUACUUGGCUGACCGUGUCAUCGUUUUUGAAGGCCAACCUUCGAUCGAGUCGGUAGCCAACGCUCCUCAAGCCCUUUUGCCUGGCAUGAACCGCUUUCUUGAGCUCUUGGCCAUUACUUUCCGCCGAGAUCCCAACAACUACCGGCCACGAAUUAAUAAAGAGAACUCCGUCAAGGACGUGGAGCAGAAGAGAUCGGGCAAUUACUUUUUCCUGGAAGACUAGGAAAAAGUUUUCUUUGUGCGACUCAAGUUCCGUUUACGGAUAUCUGCAGAGUUCUGUAAAUUGUUGGGUUAAGAAAUACAAAUCCUGUUUUUUCUUCCCGGCA